UUUCAGUCCGAGCCGGCGAGCGCUUGGCUCUCUGUCUCUUUUUCUCUCGGCGCGAUCGCCCAUAUCAUCGGUUCUCCGACGGCAUCCGUGACGGUCCCCGAACACCUCCGGGGGCUGGUGUGAUCCCCACCUUUUUUCCUAGACGAUAAGUUUCCGAUAACGAGGCCGAGUCAUCUAUCAUCAUCGCCAGGGAGGGUGGCGACUUUUCGCAGAGUCGAAUGCGCGUUUCGCGAUAUUCGCAAAACAUCUCGUAAUCGCAAAGUCAUCGAUCAACCGUGGAUGAUUAAGAUCGACGAAAGAGCGAAGAUCCGACCCAAGGGCAAGUAAUAUUCCGACUGGGACUGUCAUCUUCCGCUUCGAAGGCGCCCGGAGACUUCGACGACCGAUACGAAGGAUGUCACGCUUCGCGGACCACCCUGGCUGCCGCGGCCGACGCCGUGUCGCGGUGGCUGCGAUCCUGCCGGCGAUCUUGCGGUGAAUGUAUACGUGUUUCCUCCCCUUCCUAUAUGCUGCAUAUGCAUCGAGAUAACGUGCGACGAGAUAGUGUGACUCUCGGCGAGUAUCAUUGGUGAGUCAAUGAAGCUCCAAGGGAAACGACGCUGAUCAUAGCGAAGUUUAUUAAAUUAUUAUAAUCAGCCGAUGUGGUCUCCAGCGAGAUUGACCGGUUUCCUCGAGUGAUGAUUUCUCCGUGGAAGAGAGAAGCCGGUGUUGUUGUCAUCGAGUCGAUUGGUGGACGUGCGACUUAUCCGAAGAGGAAUACCGCGUUAAGGACGAGCGCGGAGCGCGAGUGACAGUACGCGUUUAGUGUGCGUUUCUUCUUUGUCUAUGUUUUCGCCCAUGGAAAAUUGUGCCAAUCAGGAAUUAAUGUACGCCGGAAAUUGCAGCAUGGAGGACGUAAGCGUCACGGUCACGAGCACGACUACGACAAGCACGAACACGGUCUAUCCUAGUAUAAAUGACAUGGAUUGGUUCGCCGGUGUCGCCGAAGAAGAAUUGCUAUAUUACACCGGUGUCGGCAACGACAUCGAUUCUUUAUGGGCUGUUAUUGGCAACUUUGUACCGCCGCCACCUAGACCACCUUUUUUACCCGAAGAAAGCAUCGCCACCGAUGGACUCACCACGUGCGACUUGUGUUCCUGGGCAUGGAGAAACGAUAGGCAUUCUUUCUCCCGGAAAACGGUGGAUGGCACCCUUGAAGCUCCUGGAGAACUUGGAUGGGUUCUGACUCUAGUGAUAGUAUCCUUAGUAUCAGCCGGUAUCGGGGCUGUAGUGAUGAUGACUCUCCUUCAUUGUCGAAGGAUAAAGAGUGCUGGUGGCAGAGCGAGCUGCUGCGGGGUCGGCGUAGAAGAUUCAAACGUGCCCGACGUUGGCGGACCCGCAGGGUCGGGUGGUGCCGGCGGCGGGGUGGCCGUCAUACCUGAUCGGCCACCUCUCGAAUUAGACAAAUUACCGCCUUACCACGACGUAGCGCCCAGCCCCGGGCACAACGUGUGGUCAUGGUUGGGCUCUCGACGAGGCGGCGGUACCCCGGGUGUCGUCACGACCCCGCUCUCUCUCCCUCAGCAUCGACGAGCGAUGAAUCUCCCGGUCGAGAAUCAUUACACCCACAUGCAGACCGACGAGGCUCUGUACGCGGAACUGGACUCGCAAGCCGCAAGCUACGCAAGCGAUCUACAGUUACAAAUGAGAGGAAGCUCAACGUACGGUACGACUUCCGGCGCCCAGGACGACGAAUAUCACGAGCUGGACGCUGCCAGAUUACAUCGUCAUUACGGAGGCAGCGACGGCUCGCUACAAACUGAUACACUUCGCACUCGACACAGUAAAAGGAUACAAGAGCCGGACUACGAGAUGUACGAGAACGGGCCGUCGACGCCGGUGCCGCCGGGUCAGCACCAGCACCAUCAUCAUCAUCACCAUCAUCACAACCAUCAUCAUCAUCACCAGGAAUUGAGGAUCGGUAGCAGGAACAGCGAGCAUCCCUCCUAUCAAAAUACAGCGUAUACCGGAAGCGACGCUGAACCGGACGGACCGACGUUGAGCAGCGCUCCCAGCAGUGCCUACUACAGCGAUCUCAGCUCCAACUCGGUAAAUCAACAGAUGCCGGCGACGGCAGUGUCGUCCGCGGCGACGACGACGGCGACGACGAACCUGCACCUGAAUCCGCAGAACCUGGACGCCCCGCAAUUUAGACUCGCGGCGAUCAACGAGAACACAGUGCCUUCGGAUUAUAUUUAAGGGACGUUUCUUUCGAUGUGUAGGCUUCGCGAUAAAAUUUAUAAAAUAUAUAUAAAUUUAUAAAAUAGACAAUUUCACCGAUGUGCGUUUAUUCUGCGUGAGAAAAGGAUUUUUAAGUAGUACAUAAUAUACGUUCAACUGAAAAUAUAGUGAGACUUUUUAUGGGGCAAUCUUGGUCCUAAUCCUAAUGUUUAGGAUGGGACAAUCUUAGUGCUAAUGUUUCAGUUGAACGCACCUAAUAUUUAUAAUUUAACCUUGUCGGCGCUACAAGGAUAAUAGGAGAAGUUGUAUUCUUGUACUAAAAAAUAGAAAUAAAACGAGCGAAUCACAGAAGAGAUAAAAAGACUGUGAAAUUUUUUGUCACUGUCUCGUCGUGACUCGAAAGUUUCUUCAAGACAAUGUUUCACGGUGCUCGGUUUUAAGUUUGCUCGUACAAGAAGAAUUCAAAAGAUCGGGUAAGCGUUUGGCAAGAGCGUUAUUUAACCGGCGGAUGUAUCGCGGACCGGUUCCGGAUUAAAUCGAUUUCUCCCUCGGCAACGUUUCAUUUGCUCCUUUGUCGCCACACUUUGCGAUCCUGUUAAGACAAUCGACGCGCGAAUCGACGAAUCAAGCGUCGCGAAUCGAUCGGCAGCGCGGCGCGUUCCCCUCUGCUUUUGCACGCUAAUAAAAUACUAGGUAUUCAAUGUCUCGAUACUUUUUUUCAACGAAAGACAAGCGGAAGAUAAACCGGUUGGCAGGUAAGUGACCACAGCAAAUCGUGCCGGAGGAAUUAAUACACGAUUAAACACCAUAUCCUCGCGAUAUCGACAAAAUCGGUAGUUUUGACAAAAAUGCUCGCCGUUAACCGUUAACCGCGCCUAAGCACGAGAUUGCGCUUGUUAGAAUAGUGAUAAAUUUAUGUUCACGCUCGGUGCAUCGUGGCUGCAUCGGAGAACGCGAAUAUUUCGAGUACCUGGCAUCAGUUCAGGCGUGACGCUUGGUACACGUGACGCAAAAACGUAAUGAUACCGCGCGCCAAGAAUCACGCGUUGCGGUUUUCCAAUCAGCAGUAACAUGUCAGAUAUAAAUUGAUUCUGUCCGGACGUUUCUGCAAGAGUCAACUAGUAUUUGGCGAACGAAAAUGGAUUCCCAUUAUUUUUACUACCGUUCAUAUCACUCGAAGGGGAAAAAUAUCAAACAUGUAUUACGUGAAUGAUUGACAUAUAAAACACAUCUAUUUAAAUUACCCUUUCAUGCGAUAAGAUUGCAUCUAGCGUGGAUAAUUUUUCAUUCAAGUAAAAAAUUUGCAGAUAAAAUCUGCACGAGAAAUAGAAACAAUAAUUAAGAAUAAAGCGGAAAAUUGAGAAAUCGCGACAAGUAAUAAAUACUUGACAAUUGGCUAAAAAAUAAAUUCGAGAUAAAAAGAGCGAGAUAAAAAACCUUUCAUUAAUAAAUAAUUAUUAGCCUCGUUUUAACGUAUAAAUUUCUAUUUGUAUCUUAUCUCAAUCUUUCGCUGUUAGAAAGUCGACUUGGGCGCAUCUGAAGAGAUUCCAACGCAUUAAAAGAUUAAUCCCGGAUAUAAUCGCGGUUCACGAGGCAACUAUGGAUGUUACCGGGAAGAGGAGCCGCGGAAUCGAAAUGCCUACACGUUACGAGUGAAAUAAAGUCGUUUUGAAAAGCAGGUGCUUCGUAAUUUGACGUUCGGCCUCUGCCAGUCAGCGCCCUCGGCUACGUCCGUCCGCCUUCUCUAAGCGGCCGCGCGCGAUACUCUCCAACAUCCUUCCAUAUUUACCGCAAAUGAGAUCUCGUUUUCACGUGCGUGCCUCGAUUACGGAAAAUUGCAGAAUUCCGUGCCGUAUAAUCGACAGGCCACGAUGUUCAACGAAGUAACAAAUAUGUUACUCUCGCACGAAACCUUUUGCAGAUAUUUCAUUGUAUUUAUUUCCUAUUUUUUAUUCUCCGCGGAAUAUACGCUAUAAAAAAUAGCGCGUGUAAUUCACCAAUUUCAGAUGGUAUUGUCAGUGGCUAAAAGAUCGCGUGCUAAUAUUUUUACAGCAAUGUUGACUUCGUUGUCUGAUUCUUCGAAUUUUGUCUUCAACUAUUCACCAUAACAAACCUCUCUUUCAGCAAAGUAUGGAGAAGGCGUAUUACAGAAUAUUAUGAAAAUUUAAUGCCUAUAAUCACAAAUUAUCCUCACGAGCUCGGCGUAUAAUUGUGGGAAAUAUUUCAAAUUGGAUACGAGUGGUUGCGUACGUGAAAUAUGUAAUAGAAAAAUCGCGUCGAAUCGAAUUCGCGAGCAAUUAUCUCGCGAAGAAUUAUCACUCGAGCGCUAAAUAGGUUUCGAUCUCGGCGGCGUGUCAGUUUCAAUCGUUUAUCUGCGAUUCCCGAUCGACGGCGGAAUUAAUUCGUCUCGCUCAAUUCGGCGAGGAAUCGUUUAAUCGUCGCCGUCGUGUUCUCUUAAUUACCUUCUCGGACGGAGCGAUUGUUCCCUCGCCGAGACACAAAUCCGAGAAAACGCGUUCUCUCGCUUCGCCUCGGGAUUCUCCCGCGUGCGCGUUUCACGUCUUUCACCUUUAACUCACCUGCUCACGCACGCACACCUACAUCCGACCGACACAAUGUUCGGGGGAUACGCGAGAGCGCUCACCUAAACGCGCACACCUUUACAUACGUGAAAAUAGCUUUAGAAACCACUUGAUUCUGCGAAUUUCCACUUAGAACACGCUAACUUUCGAAAGAAAUGCGAAUGAGGGAAUGUCUAAUGCAUUACUGAACAUUAUUGUAAUUUUCAUCAAGUAAAACGUAACUAACUGGCAAAUAUUUAAACUUUAUAUAGCGCAAUGUGAAAGUUAUUUACU